GCCGGUCCCACACCAAGCAGGGAAUGGGAUGAGUGAGGCAGCUGGACAGAAGCACACUAACUUCUGCUGAGAAACAGAGGGAGGAAUCCUGCUCCUGCAGCGAGGGAAGACGAGGAGGACGAUAGACAGGAGGAGGAAAACUGAGAGGACGGUGGGUCCAGUCGAUUGAGACAAGUGAAGGAGCGAGGGGGGAAAAAAGGAGAAAAAACAACAAAAGUAGGACAAAAAAUAUAUAUUGGAGACUAGCGGUGCCUCCUUGGAAGGCAGCAUGAAUCGAGACAGUCAAAGUGAGGACACUUUGUCAACCAUGGUUCUGGAGAACAUCAAGAACAAACUGAUUCACGCAUUCAGGACCACUGGUGAACCACGGGAUGCCCCUGAGUCUACUACUGGUCCCAUCAGCAUUGGCAGGAGUUACCAAGCCAACGAGGAACUGCGGAGAGCUAAAAUAGAUGGAGCCAUAACCUGGCUAAGAUCUGAACUGCUGGAAAUGCGCUCUCAGGACCAACAGCUGGCCCAGACCCUGCUGGGACUCAACAAUGAGAUCCAGAGACUGAGGCGGGAGAGUAUGUCUGGGGCUCUGGAGCCAGAGGGGGAUGAACACCACUAACCAACCCCACCCAGUACACCUCCCCAGGGGGAAACAGAGAGUGAGGGUGGGGGUAUCCUGAUGGAAGUUCCUGGAACCCUGUCUGAACCCAUGACCAGAAUGUCCUUCGGCAUUUCUAAGACAGAUAUGUGGAAGUGUUAUACAAAAGAGACCCUUGCUGGAUGGAAUGAGGAUUCCCUUGUAAAGGUCACAUGGCACGAUUGAUGUUGUCUGUGAGGGACCAAUGGACUGGAUAUGAUUUGAUGAGUAAUAGUCAUAAGAAUGUUCCAAACUUGUGAGGUAGUGUUCAAUGUUGCAUGCAAAAUUGCACAUUAGAAAACCCAAUUUUGAUGUAAACAAUUGGACAAAUGGGGUUUGAUCUUUUGACAUUGUUGUGUGACUCCAGACCCUGAGGACUGAGGAGUAGUGUGCUGGAUGAUCAGCGGUCACUGAAGGGUUUGAAACGUUGUGAUGAUGUCCAAGCCUCGCUAUGGACCCCAGGAAGAGUAGCUGCUGCUUUUGCAACAGGUAAUGGGGAUCCAAAUAAAAUCCUAAAUAUACUGUUCAAGGUAGGCUAUGAUUCCCUGUAGCUCAGUUGGUAGAGCACGGCGCUUGCAACGCCAGGGUUGUGGGUUCGUUUCCCACAGGGGGCCAGUA